CGGAAAACCUUACACAUUACGUCGCCCUUAGACGCGCACCGCGCCAUCCUCGGCGAGGGAUCGAAAGGGGGGCUCGCGGCCGAACGCGACCCCUCGACUUUUUUUUUCCGCUCUCCGGGAAAUCGCAAGUUCGCCCUGCGAUUCGUGCCGUCGUUUCUUCUCUUUCUCUCACCGGGACGCGUCACGAUCGCGGGAGAGAAGAAAGCAGCAGGAGCGAUCUAUCGAGGGAUAUACACACACAUAUACAUACAGUGCAGUGAAAAAAAAAUCAAUGGAUCCGUCCGCGGAUCUCGUUGGGGCUUGUGAUCUGAUAUAAAGGCCGAUCUGUGAGCCGGCGAAUGAGCGCGUCGCGCGUGUGUAUAAGUGCGUAACUCGACGGGAAAGCGAUUAUCGAAGCACCAUGAGAAGUGAUACCGCGAGCCACCGGGCCGCGCGUUCUGCGCUUUCCGCGACGCUCCUCUGCGUCCUCCUCGUCGCCGUCACCGGCGUUCGCGGACUGAACAAUGUGUCAAUCCAUAUACCAUUGGCAGUGGCAGCUGGCACGACGGUCAACAUGUCCUGCACGUACGAUCUACAAUCGGAAACCCUUUACACCGUCAAAUGGUACAAGGGCUCGGAAUUUUAUCGAUAUAUCCCCAAGGAGAUGCCGCCGAUCGGAGUGUUCGGAGAGCUCGGGGCGAAAGUUGUGACAAAUCGGAGCGACGCGCAUCGAGUGGUCCUGAAGGAUAUACAACCCAAUCAUACCGGCAAAUAUCGCUGCGAGGUCUCCGGAGAUGCUCCCACAUUCAGUACUAUAAUGGUUGCAGCUUACAUGCACGUAGCUAGUCUGCCGAAUGGCGAUCCCGAGCUGCGGGUGGAGAAGACGCGCUACGCGGUCGGCGACACCGUACGUGGAAACUGCACGGUACCGUCGGGAAAUCCUCCGGCCAACGUGACGUGGACUGUCAAUGGGACACCGGUGAACUCGAGCUUCAUCAUGAACAUCACGGACAAAGUCGGCGACAACCAGCAGCAGAUGACGGUCGCGGGAUUGGACUUCGAGACUAUGCAGGAUAACUUCAACAACGGCAGGCUGCACAUCGUUUGUCACGCCAACGUCUUUCAUCUGUACCAGAAAAAGGCCGCCGUACUCCUGAUCGAGGAACGUCCGAAGCUGGCCUCUGUGUUAGGAACGCGAGAAUCCUCCUACAUCGGUAACGCAGCAAAGCACACCGCCGAGUGUUUCUACAUCACCGCUAUAACUACACUGCUGCUGAACAGCCUGAGAUAACAUCGAUGAAUCCCCAAUGCGUUUUACGUGCACGAUUGUAUCGAGACGGAGCUGGAGUAAAUCGUUUGUAAAAUUUUGAAAUUAUUAAAUGGGAUGAGAAGGAAGAAAGAAGAACAGACAGGAGAACACCCGGGCAAGAGAGGGGAGGAAAAUCUUUCGUUGAAAUAAAUACCGAGCGUAUGUUAUUCGUGUAAAUAGGAUAAAAGAAAAGAAAAAAGAAACACACACACACACACACACAGAAUUUAGCGACUUAUCUACGUGUAUGAGAUCUUCGUCCGCCGACGUGGACGAACUUGUAAUCCGAAUAACGUGUCGUAUUAUUAUGUAAUAGACCGACUAAGUGUCGCGCCAAACUGCCGAGACGUCUUAUUUGACGACAGAUCGUUGUGACCGUCUUUUUCUAUCCUCCGACGAUGAUUUUUUGAUACCUCCUCUGUGACACCUGUAGUUGACGCAAGCAUGUUCCGUCAUUAUUACAGGUGAACACUGUUAUCGUUUAUAAACGACAUUUUAUUUCGAUGAUAUACGAAUAAAGGAAUCGCCUUCGUUA